AUGGGGUUUGGAGACUUUGAGAGCGUAUGCCGAAAGGCGUCGGUGCCGCUAUGCUCUGUGGUCGGCCACUUUGAGAGCACCAAGGGCUCCGUGGGGAUUGAAGCUGAUUGUUAUGCGCGCAAUAUCGAGCUGGCCAACACGAUCAUUUUCCAAGGGGCCGCAUCUUUCAUGCACAUUGUCGCGUUGAUCAUGACAGUCAUCAUGAUUCUGCAUGUCAGAAGCAAAUUUACUGCAGUCGGCCGAAAGGAAAUCACCGCGUUCUUCUACCUCUACAUGGGAUUGAGCUGUGCCUCGCUUAUCCUCGAUUCUGGCGUCGUUCCUCCUGGCAAUGGCGCGUAUCCAUACUUCGUUUCAGUGCAGAAUGGUCUCACCUCCGCCCUCUGCGUCUGCCUGCUCAUCAACGGUUUUGUCGGGUUCCAACUCUACGAGGAUGGCACCACCAUAUCCGUCUGGCUUCUCCGAACAGUCAGCUUUGCAUUUUUCGUCAUCACAGGCUUAGUGUCGUUGGCAACAUUUAAGGGGUGGGCUGGUCUCGGUCCUACGAGGACUGUUGGCCUAUUUGUCGUGUUAUACCUCGUCAGCGGCAUUGCGUUGGUGGUAUAUGUUGUCAUGCAGGUUAUCCUCGUGGUCAACACACUACAGGACCGCUGGCCAUUGGGAGAUAUUGCCUUUGGGGCAUUCUUUUUGAUCAUUGGCCAGGUUAUCCUUUAUGUUUUCAGCAACACGAUUUGCAAUGCCGUCCAGCAUUACCUCGACGGGCUGUUCUUCGCCACAAUUUGUAAUCUCCUCGGAGUUAUGAUGGUUUACAAGUAUUGGGAUUCCAUCACCCGAGAGGAUCUCGAAUUUUCCGUUGGUACCAAGCAAAACAACUGGGAGGUUAAGGAGCCCUUAAUGGAUGAUGACCGCCGAACAACCAUCUACCAAGACACUGAUUCCAGCACUGUAUACAACGGCCCUGUACAAGGAAGAAACUCGAAUUACGGUGGCUUUACGUACUAA